GCGCCUGCGCAGUCGCCGCCUGUCAUGCUGCCCGCCGCCGGCGCCGUCGACGCCGCCAACCUGGACGCCGCAGGUUCGACCCCCGCGCCCCCCGUCGGGGAGGCCGAUCGCGUGCGCGCCUUCCACAAGCGCGCCUUCGAGUGCAUCUCGCUCGCCCUGCGCAUCGACGAGGACGACCAGGGACAAAAGGAGAAAGCUGUGGAAUGGUAUAAGAAAGGCAUUGAAGAACUGGAAAAAGGAAUAGCCGUCACAGUUACGGGAAAAGGUGAACAGUGUGAAAGAGCUAGACGCCUUCAAGCUAAAAUGAUGACAAAUCUGGUGAUGGCCAAGGACCGUUUACAACUUCUAGAGAAGCUACAGCCAGUUUUGCAAUUCUCCAAGUCACAAACGGAUGUCUAUAAUGACAAUACUAACCUGACCUGCCGCAAUGGACAUCUUCAGUCAGAAAGUGGAGCUGUUCCGAAAAGAAAAGACCCCUUAUCUCACACUAGUAAUUCCCUGCCUCGUUCGAAAACAGUGAUGAAAACGGGAUCCACGGGUCUAUCGGGCCAUCACCGAGCGCCUAGUUACAGCGGACUGUCCAUGGUGUCUGGAGGGAGGCAGGGGCCUGGGACUGCACCUGCCCUUCAGAAGAAUACUGCAAAAGGAAACAGAACGAAUAAACCUUCUACCCCUACGACUGCUGCUCGUAAAAAGAAAGACUUGAAGAACUUUCGGAAUGUGGACAGCAAUCUUGCUAACCUUAUUAUGAAUGAAAUUGUGGACAAUGGAACAGCUGUUAAGUUUGACGAUAUAGCUGGCCAGGAGUUGGCAAAACAGGCAUUGCAAGAAAUUGUGAUUCUUCCUUCUCUCAGGCCUGAGUUGUUCACAGGACUUAGAGCUCCGGCCCGGGGAUUGCUACUCUUUGGUCCACCUGGAAAUGGCAAAACAAUGCUGGCAAAAGCAGUAGCUGCAGAGUCUAAUGCAACCUUCUUUAAUAUAAGUGCUGCAAGUUUGACUUCGAAAUAUGUGGGAGAAGGAGAGAAAUUGGUGAGAGCUCUUUUUGCUGUGGCUCGAGAGCUUCAGCCUUCCAUCAUUUUUAUAGACGAGGUCGACAGCCUCCUGUGUGAGAGGAGGGAAGGGGAGCAUGAUGCCAGUCGGCGACUCAAGACAGAAUUUCUCAUAGAAUUUGACGGCGUCCAGUCUGCAGGCGAUGACCGAGUCCUCGUGAUGGGCGCCACCAACAGGCCGCAGGAACUCGAUGAGGCUGUGCUCAGGCGUUUUAUCAAACGAGUGUAUGUCUCUUUGCCAAAUGAGGAGACGAGGCUACUUUUACUUAAAAAUCUGUUAUGUAAACAAGGAAGCCCACUAACCCAAAAAGAACUCGCGCAGCUUGCUAGAAUGACUGAUGGAUACUCAGGAAGUGAUCUAACAGCUUUGGCAAAAGAUGCAGCACUGGGUCCUAUUCGGGAACUGAAACCAGAACAAGUGAAGAACAUGUCUGCUAGUGAGAUGAGAAAUAUUCGAUUGGCUGACUUCACUGAAUCCUUGAAGAAGAUAAAACGCAGUGUGAGCCCACAAACCUUAGAAGCAUACAUACGUUGGAAUAAGGACUUUGGAGAUACCACUGUUUAAAGAAAAAAAGCAUAAGCUGCAGAAAAUUUUACUUUCCAAGAAAGAAAGGCCAUCUAAAAAGAAUAGUUACCAGCUACGGAAACCCAGCCUAAGUUUACAGGACUCUUCGUUCUUUUUAUCCUUCGUCCUAUAAGUUAAACCUGAAAACAAAUUUAAAUAAGAUUUACAAUGCAAA